AUGAGGCUUUUCACCGCCACAGUACUCGGGCUACUUGCGCCCAGCCUAGCUGCCGCGACCAACCUUACCACCCCGUCUCGACUGGCACUCCCAUCCGACUUUAAGCCUGCGCAGGUUUUCAAGAACACCAAUCUUGUUCGAAACACCAACUUGGAAAAGGGAUAUGUCAGAGAGACAGUCAAUGUUGUUGUGGAGAAUGUUGAUAAGCAACCACAGACUGAUUACUACAUUCCCUUCCCUGCCGACGUUUUUGAUCGCAUUGGAGGGUUUGAAGUCCGGGACAAGAAGGCAACAGAAAAGGGCCGAUUUGAUGUGGAUGCUACCGAGGUGGAUCUGUCCAGCGGCAAUCAGUACUUCGUCGUUCACUUCCCCGAGCCUCUCGCCCCGAAAUCUCAAGUCACUUUGGGAAUUUCUUAUUCCGUCCUCUCUUCUCUGAGCCCACUCCCCGCAACUAUCAACCAGAACGACAAGCAAUACCUCACUUAUAGCUUCUCCGCCUACGCUCCAUCAGCCUAUCAAACGAUCACACAGAAGACUAAGCUCAAGUUUCCUAGCACCAAUGUACCCGAUUAUACCUCAACUUCAGGGCUCAAGAGUGGCUCUGACCCUGAGCGCAAAGGUAGUACCUACACCUAUGGGCCAUACGACACGGCCAAGGUGGCCCCAGGUGAUGCAUACCCGAUCACUGUCCGCUACGAGUUUACCAAUCCGGUGAUUACAGCACACCUUUUGGAGCGAGAUUUGGAGAUUUCUCACUGGGGUGGUAAUCUUGCAACCGAGGAGCGCUACUGGCUGCGCAACAAUGGCUCCCAGCUGGCCAACCAAUUCUCACGCGUCGAGUGGACCUUCGCCAAUUAUCAGAAGGCUCCUACAUCGGCUGUUCGUGAGAUCAACUAUCCGUUGCUUCCCGGCUCUGUUGACGCUUACUUCAUCGAUGACAUCGGUAACGUCUCAACUAGCCGCUACCGCCCGGGCAAUGGCAAGACUGCUGCCAACUUGGAGUUGAAGCCCCGUUUCCCAAUCUUCGGUGGCUGGAACUAUAGCUUCAAAGUGGGCUGGAACAACAAUCUGGGCGGUUUCCUCCGUCAGGCCGCUAGUGCCGACUCAUGGGUUCUGAAGGUGCCUUUCCUCCAAGGCCCCAAAAUGGCCGAGGGUAUUCAGUACGAGCGUGUCAUAGUUCGUGUUGUCUUGCCUGAGGGUGCCCACAAUGUUCGCUUCCAGGUAGUUGAGGGUACUGCUAGCAAUGGUCUACCUGGCGCGAACCACAUUCAUGCCAGUCUCUCCUCCCUCAAGACCUACAUGGAUACUCUUGGUCGAACCACUUUGACCCUGGAGGUUGAUAGCUUGACUGAUGAAGCUCGUGAUUCGCAGCUUGUGGUGGCCUAUGACUACUCCUUCACGGACGCUCUGCGGAAGCCGCUUACCAUCUUUGCUGGUCUUCUCGCCGUUUUCAUUGCCGCGUGGGGCAUCGGCAACAUUGAUGUUAGCAUCAAGAAGCGGUAA